AGUUCUUCAUGAUAGUAGUAUAGGAAGACCUUUGCUUGAAUUAAUUUUGAAGUUUCGAAGCGCGAAUGUCAAAUUGUGUUGACUGCUGUAAAAAAGUUGGGUUAUGUUAAGUAUUCAGUUAGCAGUAGACUUUCUCCCGCAUUUCGAUGGAGACUCCAGUUUUAACAAAAAAUCAACAGAAGCGCACAUUAGCAGGAAAGAAGAAACCACGUGAGAAGUGCCUCCGUAAUGUGUUGAUGAAACCCAAGAUAUUUACGAAUUUGGUGGCCGAUGAAGCUGUUGCUGAAAACAUUUUCAAAACCCUGGAAAGCACAAUUAAUGAAAGUGAAGAACAAAUAAUAUCUGAUGUCAAAACCAGUAAAUGUGAUAAUCCCAAGAGAAAAACAGAAAAAAAUAAAAGGCAAAGAGUGCUCAAAGAGAAAGGACUGAGACGAAGCACUACGUGCACCUUCACGCGGCAACAAUAGAACCGAGUAAACUGUUUCGGACUAACUACAGCAGUCGUGGACUGGGUGGAGUCGGAUGAGCACACGGUCAGCAGCUGCUGCAUGAGCCGGUGUAGACAAGGCCGCACGUACGAGUAUAACAUCUUAUUUCCAUGCCGAUUAUGUCAAUGCUGAUGUACUGCGACUCUGUGAACAAUGCAUAGUAGAAUGUGUAAAUACGUAGUUAUUUUAUCAAGUGAUUUAUGUGAAGCUUUCUGUUAACUGUGAACUGUAUUACGUGUU